GUUUUCCACAUACACGUACAGCUGUAGUUAGUGACGUCAAUGGCUAAGGAGGCACCCAAAGCUCCCUUUUUAUUAAGCAAAUCUGUUCAACUUCAUUAUUCAUUACAUCCAUACUUACAUUCAUCCUAAAAACCCUAAGACCCAAGAAUCUAGAGCAAUUCAAUUGGUACCUCAAUCGUCAAAAACUAAACACCUAUCUCUUAAAGAUGUCGGCAAGAUUGCUCGGAAGAAUCCGCCUGCCGCGGCAUGCUCUCGGUGCCGGCAUCGUCGGGUUGUCCCUAGGCACGAGCUUGACAACGUUUAAGCAGCCUAAGCUCCGGCUAGACGCGAGAGAGACGCCGCGACCAAUUAGUAGCCUCCCUCCUGCCAAAGAGAGAUUAAAUCCCGAGCUCCUGAAGCAGCUUUCCGGCGGUAGCGUUACGGGAUUCGUUUCCGGAAUUCUUAUUAGCAUAUUCUCACGUACGUUGGUCCUGCUUCUGGGUGUCUCAGUAGUGAUUGUACAGAUCGCCUCGAGAUACGGCCUCGAUAUCGUACAGCAGCUGAGAUUGAAACAGCGGGUGGGAAAUUCACGGGUAUUAGCUGCCUUGGAGAAGGACCCUGCGUUUAAGUUAUCAUUUGGGCUAUUCUUUGCAAUGUCUGCUUUCAUGCAAUUCUAGUACCAUAGGUAAUCAAGGUAACAACCAACGCAAUGCAUUAUAGAAAAUGGACAACACCAGUUCCCUGUCUAGAAAGACUGUGUUUCCCUCUUGAGCCAUGCCGUUGUUACUUCGUCGUUCUCGAAAUAGCCCUUCGUCUUAUUCCAUAUAUCCGCGUGGUAGUCGUUCAACCAUUCCUUCUCUGCGUCUGUCAAACGCUUAGAGUCGAUGAGCUUGCGACAGUAAGGUACCAUAGUGACGUGCUCGAACCCGAGGUACGGCUUGUCGCCGAACUUGUAUUUCGUGUUAACCUCCUUUACCAUGACGAUGUUCUCGAUGCGUAUGCCAAAGGAGCCGUCCUCGUAAUAACCGGGUUCGUCGGAGAUAACAUUCCCGGGAGAUAGGGAGACCUCCGAGUACUGUACCCUUGUACCAAUACCAAUUGGUCCUUCGUGCACAUUCAAGUACGACCCGACUCCGUGACCGGUGCCGUGACGGUAAUCGAGUCCAUUUUGCUAAAAUCUCCAGAUA